ACCUAUACUGACGUUCAUCUUUCACUUUCGUUAAAAAAAAUUGUCGGUUAUUUCCAUAACUCUGUUUACACUCGAUCACUCUAAUUUCCAAGUAGGAACAAGUAGUGGUGAUAUAUGCUUUCUUCUUGCACGAUUGUUCAUUCGUGAUCCAUUUCUCUCUCUCUCUCGCCUAGCUUUUAAAAUAUAAUGUAUAUAUAUAUAUAUAUAUAAGUAAGUAAAGAAUAAAUUAUGUGUGUUUGAUAAUUUUUAUAUGAAUUUUAUUUGUUUAUAUUUGACAAUGUUGUCGAAAGUGUUUCGUUUCAUGACCUCGAUCAAAAUAUGUCAAAGGUUCGAUAUGUGCAAAGUUGCUUUAGUAGUACGAACGAAUCAGAAGUGUAACUUCAGUAAUAAACUGACUUAUGUAGUACCCACUAUGAUGGCUCUUUGGACUUUUCAAUCCACAAAAGACAAAGAGAAAGAGAAAGAGAAUAAUAACGAAGCAAAAAAAAUUGCUACGAAAGAAAGCUAUAUUAUAACGGCAGAUGUUUUGUUUGACCAAGGCUUAUACAAGCAAUUAUAUACACAUUUAUCAAAUUACAAGCAUAAUGAGGACGUAGAAAUUCUAUGGCGUUUGAGUAGGGUUUUAUAUAAUUUGUCAAAGACAGCUAACGAAUCGGAAGCAAAAGAAAUGAUUCUAGAAGCUUAUAAUUUUAUACAAACUGCAAUUAAUAUCAAAGAGGAUCAUUAUGCUGUACAAAAAUGGAUGUCAAUAUUACUUGAUAGUAAAAGUGCUAUGGAAGGCAUGAAGUCUAGGAUACAACAGUUAUACAGCAUUAAGAAGCAUAUGCUUAGGGCAAUAGAAUUAAAUCCAAAGGACCCUACUACUUUGUACAUGCUUGGCAGUUGGUGUUAUCAAGUAUCUGAUUUAGCAUGGUAUCAAAGAAAAAUUGCAUCAUUAGUAUUUGAAGAACCUCCGAAUUCAUCCUUUGAAGAGGCAUUAAUAUAUUUUGAAAAGGCAGAAGAAACAAGUCCUAACUUUUAUAGUUAUAAUUUACUUAUGCUUGCAAAAACUUAUUUAAAAUUAGGUAGAAAAGAAGAUGCUCUCAGAUAUUUAAAAUUGACCACAGAAUAUCCGACUACAACCCACGAAGAUGUUCAAGCUAAGAAAGAAGCACAAGAAAUGUUGAAUGCUUUUUAAAGCUUCCUCAAAUAUUUUUCUUAAUGCUCAAGUGCACAAGUAUGCCUUCCUGUUCAGAUUGGAAUUACAAAGAUGGAGGUUGUAUAAAGAUUUCUAUGCACAAUAUCAAAAAUAUUUCUUCAUAGCUCAUAUUUAAUAUUUUAUUAUAUUUAAAGUAUAAAAUACGAGAAAGAAACAUUUACACAUUCAUAUAAAAGAAACACAUAGGUUGGAUUUAUUACAAUGUUGGUUCACAAUAUUGAUAUGUUGCUAUAUAUAUUAUAUAAGUUAGAUUUUUGAUAUGCAUUUACUAUAAUAUUUUUUGUAAAGUCAUGUAUAAAAAAUAGUACAGGAAGUUAUUACAUUUUUAAUAACUUUUUUAAUUUUAAUACUGAAAGAGUAAAUCAUUAGAAAUGUUGAAAAAAAAGAAGUAGUUAAUUUUAUACAUGAAUUUACAUCGUUAUGUAUCUCUUUCUCUCACACACAUACACACACACACACACACACUCUCUCUCUCUCUUUCAUUUUCUCAUGCUUUCUCUCUUUCACUUUAAUUUAUUAUAUAAUUUAUUAUAACUAUUGUGUCUAUUAACUAUUUUCAAUUAAAAUAAUUUAAUUAUAGAUUUUAUUUUAACGAUCUAAAUUUUCUUCUAAAUUAUUGUGAACAUCAGGUGGUUCGUUCACUGGUGGCUCUAUUCUUUCUUCCAUGAGAUUUUCCUCCAAGAAGAUUGGUUCCGGCUGAUCUUCUGGUGGAAUUGCUUCCAAUGGUGGUGGAUUUAUUUGCCCUUCAUUUUCUUCUUCAUUUCUUUCUUCAUUUCUUUCUUCAUAUAGAUUUACAACAUGUUGUGCUGCAAGUUGUAAAUAUCUCAUUUCUCGUCUUCUUCGUUCUAUACGUUCUUGUUCCUUUCGUUGGAAUUCCAUAUGUUGAAAGUAUCGUCUCCGUCGAUACUCCCGUCUUAUGGCAUCCGGUUCCCUUUCUUCUAGUCCGAUUGGUAGAUCAUCUUCGAUAGGUAUUUCAUCAUCAAUUUCAACAUAACUAGGGCCAACGUGAUGAAUCGGAUGUUCAAUCGGUACUGGGAAGUGCACAUGAUGUCUGUUGCAAGUGCAAGAAAUCGCCAUCCAAAUAUAAUUUGAGGGUAGUUGUGGUAGCGUUAAUUGUAAAAUUUCUUCUGGGUAUUCAUCGUCGUUGUUUGGUAGAAGAAAAUAGUUUGCUGCCAUCAUUCCGUUCAUUUUUGAUAAUUGAUGUAUCUGUACAGAAAAAAGUCAUUUUUAUAUUUCAUUAUUUAUUUUAUAUUGGCCAAGAGAUAAAUUUAAUAAUAAUAUUAAUAAUAAUAAUAGAAUAAUUCUGGGUGAGGAGAUGACUCAUUCUCAUACGUUGUAAAUAUAGUCAGAUUUUCAAAUAUUUUUAGUGCUAGAACUGACAACUAUUAAAAGACAAACAAAAAAAGAACUAAUAAACAAUACUGUUUGUUUGUUUUCAAUUAAGAAAUUAGAUAAGUUGUUUUUAAUGUAGAGAUUAAAUACUCGUAAAAGUUUUCGAAUUAGUCUUUAAAUUAUUUAAUAAUCAAAUUGACGAUGCAGUGAAGUUUGACAAGAAUGGAUUAUUAAAAAGAAUUCAAUCGUACUUACACUUUUUCUUCUUUCACAGAAACUAUAUAGUGUACUACUAUCGUAGUGUAUUAGACUGGAGUAUAGUAUUUGACAGAAGAAACCAAAGUUUGAAUCUGACACGAUGCGUCUCAGUUGAAAAUUUGAAAAUAACUGGUAAACUGAAGAAAAAUUUACCCAUUUAUAUAGUAGUUUUUCCCCACCACUGCAAUUCAUAAAUGGUUCUUUUUUCUUUAUUUCGCCUCUUCAGGUAUACCUAUUUGCUGUGCAGGUAUACGUAUUUACGUAUGGUAUAUACCUGAUGUAUCUACUUAGAUUUAUUAGUUUAUUGAAUUUCUUGACGUUUUACAAUCACGGUGAAAGCUUCAAUAAAAUCAUAUAACAAUGUCUGUGUGUCAGAAAUACGCAGAGAAAUUUAGUAAUUGGUAAAUACAUCAACUAUAAAUGUAUGUACACAUAUAGUUUUACACUCAUGCACACGCAGCAACACACAACACACGAGUAUAGUCUAUUUAUAAUAAAAAAUAAAUAAUAAUUUAUGCAACAUAUCUAAGAGUAAGAGAAAAAAAAAAAAGAGAGAGAGAUGUCUAAUUUUCAUUCCUAAUAUAAUAACAUUUUGAAUUGCAACAUUUCUGAGCUCAAUUAUAGUGCAACAAGUUGAUGUGAUAUUGUUCUAAGAUUGAGUUUGAGAAGGUACAACCACAUAAUGCUAGUGAACUAAGUUCUACUUCAUCAGUAAAUCUUUUUGUAAAUUUUCUUAAACUAAUAUUUAGUUAAUGUACCUAUACAUGUAAAUCUCACUUGUAUACUUUUUUUCUGCGAGGAUUUCAAUGAUUAGGCUAUAUCAUGUAUCAGAGAGAUUAGCUGAACGAUAAUAAAAAAUAAUAUCAUCGAUCAGUCGA